CGGGACUGAUUCUGCUUGGCAUUUGCAUUGCCACAAGCUGCAAGGCUAGCAAAGCCGCGCCGACGGAGGCCCGCGUGUCAGCCCAGCUGCUCUUCAUCAUCCGUGACGCAAUCCUGCCCGGAUGCCAAGCAGCAGGUGAGACUUGGGAGAGGAAGAAUGACAGAAAACCAGCGGAGGGAGCUGCGAGAGGGGAAAAGAUGGAAAGCAACAGAGAUGAAGAACUGGAGCAUAAUGGAAGAACGGAUAUGAAAUACCUGCGUUUCAACUGUAAUCCAAUGAAUCAUACAGCAAGAAAGAAAAAGAAUACUUUGUCCUCCGCAUAGGAAAAGUUUGAGUUCAGAACCAAGCUUUCAACCUCAGUAGGAAAUGAAGGGAAGGAAAAAACCACAUAAAUGCCUGGAAUGUGGAAAGAACUUCAGCAAGAGUGGAAAUCUUACUAGACACCGUACAUCCCACACUGGGGAGAAACCACAUAUAUGCCUGGAGUGUGGAAAGACCUUCAGUGCUAGGAGAAAUCUUACUCUACACCAUAAAAACCACACUGGGGAGAAACCACAUACAUGCUUGGAGUGUGGAAGGAGCUUCAGCAUGAAGCAGGCUCUUAAUAUACACCAUAGGACCCACACUGGGGAGAAACCACAUACAUGCCCGGAGUGUGGAAGGAGCUUCAGGCAGAGCGGAGACCUUACUAGACACCGUACAUCCCACACUGGGGAGAAACCACAUACAUGCUUGGAGUGUGGAAAGAGCUUCAGCAGGAGUGGAACUCUUACUUUACACCAUAGAAUCCACACUGGGGAGAAACCAUACAAAUGCUUGGAGUGUGAAAAGAGCUUCAGCACGAGUGGAAGACUUAGUGAACACCGCAGAAACCAUACUGGGGAGAAACCAUUUAAAUGCUUGGAAUGUGGAAAGAGCUUCAGUUAUGGGAAAAGUCUUACUCUGCACCAUAUAUCCCACACUGGAGAGAAACCACAUAAAUGCUUGGAGUGUGGAAAGAGCUUCAGCAUAAAGGAAGCUCUUACUAUACACCAUAGAACCCAUACCGGGGAGAAACCAUAUAAAUGCUUGGAGUGUGGAAAAAGCUUCAGUGCUAGGAGAAAUCUUACUCUACAUCAUAGAACCCACACUGGGGAGAAACCAUAUAAAUGCUUGGAGUGUGGAAAGAGCUUCAGCGCUAGGAGAAAGCUUACUCUACACCAUAGAACCCACACUGGGGAGAAACCACAUAAAUGCUUGGAGUGUGGAAAGUGCUUCUACAAGAGUUCAAACCUUACUACACACCUUAGAACCCACACUAGGGAGAAACCACAUAAAUGCUUGGAGUGUGGAAAGAGCUUCAGUGAAAGCAGAAGUCUUACUCGACACCAUAGAACCCACACUGGGGAGAAACCAUAUAAAUGCUUGGAGUGUGGAAAGUGCUUCUACAAGAGUUCAAACCUUACUAUACACCAUAGAACCCACACUAUGGAGAAACCACAUAAAUGCUUGGAGUGUGGAAAGCGCUUCAGCCAGAGAGCACAUCUUACUGUACAUCAUAGAACCCACACUGGGGAGAAACCACAUAAAUGCUUGGUGUGUGGAAAGAGCUUCAGCACGAAUAGAAGUCUUACUACACACCAUAGAACCCACACUGGGGAGAAACCAUAUAAAUGCUUGGAGUGUGGAAAGAGCUUCAGGCAGAGAGCAAACCUUACUACACACCAUAGAGCCCACACUGGGGAGAAACCAUAUAAAUGCUUUGAAUGUGGAAAGAGCUUCAGCAAUGGUGUAUAUCUUACUAGACACCACAGGAUCCACACUGGGGGGAAACCAUAUAAAUGCUAGUUGUGUGGAAAGAGCUUUAGCAGGAAUUAACAACUUAUUAUACAUCCUAGCACCCACACUGGGGAGACACCACAAGGAAGUUAUUUUUCAUUUGCUAAGGCUUUUUUUUUUUUAGAUCACUCUGUAUUUUCUGGAAUGGGAGAGGGAGAUGCUGGGAGAUGAAAAAUUAGCCAUGGUGUCUGUUAUUACAAAUGUCUCACUGAUAGGAUAAAUUGGAUAUCUUUUGAUAUGAAAUGAUUUGGAUUUGAAUCCACGAGUCUUGAAAUUGCAACUCAGAUUCAAACACGCUCUAAACCCGGAAUCGUUCUUCAGAAUGUGGGAGUUCUAAAGUAAAUGGGAAAUAUUCCCUAGGAGGGUGUUUACCUCAAUUCCAGCAAAGGACUCUUCAGGGAAUUUCCCAAACGGCAUGAAGAAUGUUAGUGACGUUUGCGCUACUCAGACAAAUACCGGCAGUGUAAUGGGGCAGGUAAUACUUUGCCUAUCAGCGGAUAUGCGGAAUCAGCAAAAACAGACAACGAUAGGUGAGUGGACAAGGACUAUCUGUGUUGCAGUAGACUGGCAACCUACUGAUCCAGAGGAAUUAGCGGUCUCAUUGUUAGUUACAACAUCUAAGACUGGAGAUGUAUCUGACAAUAGGCACUCUUCUCCCUUCUCCACGAUUUACAUACAAAAUACAUUUGAGACUGAGAAGGCAUUGCAAGACAGCGCAGAUGUAAGGUUAAACCUUAGUAUUAACUCUGGAAGAGGGGGUACUAAAAGUCCAUGUAGGGCUUCUACUGUUUCAUCAAAGUACCCCUUAUCAAAAUAUAGAGUUCCCACUGGUCAGUCAUUAAGGAAGGAAGACACCUAUACUCAGACUUGUAAUGUAUCUAAAAUAGAAGACAGUUGUACAUGACCCUCAUUUUGAUAGAUUAGCUGAUCUGUUUGAUAUACCAUAUACUUUAUCUUCCUACAUAGAGGCAUUAACUUUGGACAAGGAUCUAGGACAGAAGUCUCCAAAUCUUUUACAUUCAACAUUGGAUUAUUGCUUCCAGGGAAGCUCAGCCCUAUUUUAUCCAGCAGAAGAUUUGUACUCCCUGGAUCAAAAGGCCUUAAUAAGCCAAUCCCUUAACACCAACUGACAAUUAGAAAAUGACACUGUAUUUGAAUGUUUUACUCUCCUCUUGUGGAACAUCUGUGGUUGGCGCCAAAAAAAGUUUGAUCUCUAGAUAUGACAUAAUUUGUUUUGUAGGAGACUUGGAUGAAGGACACAUUUGACUUCUCCAACUAUAAUGUCUUCGUGAUUCCAACAACGUUAAGUGCUAUUGGGGGCAGACACUCUGGUGGGGUAGCUACCCUUAUUUUGGUAAAUUUAAAAGCUAAUGUAAAAGAAUUGCCUGCAUGUGAAAAUUGAGCUCUUGCAAUAUUGAUUACAUGUUUUAAUCGUCAACUGAUCUGUAUAUUUGCCUACACUGCAGGAUGGUACUAGGAUUUGGCUGCAGUGGAAAUCUGUGGAGUCAUAUCUCAUGCAAUUAAUUUCCUUAUAUCUAUCAGCCUCCCUUAUUUUUGCUGGGGACUGUAAUGAAAUAUUGAACCUUAAUGAUGUAACACUAUUUGAUGGCUUUGCUUUAUGUCCUCCAAUGACUUAUGUCCAUCCUAAUAUUUAUAGAUGAGUCUCGAUAGAUAAGGUAGGCAACUUUGCAGGAUGUAUGCUCAUCCAGACUAUUAGCAACUUAGAUUUAUUUUUGUUAAAUGGUGCUGUUACAGGCGAUUGCCCUGGGCAGUAUAUCUUCUUGUCUGAGGCUAAACGGUCAACUAUUGAUUAUAUAGCAAAAUCUCGUGACCUUCCUGAGAGGAAAGCUGAAUUUAGAGUCAUCCCAAGACCAGAAAGUGAUCAUCUGCCUAUCCUGUUGAGCUGUAAUUUAUCGGACAAUUACUUUUAAAAUCGGACAUAUAAUUUGCAGGCAAACGUUAACACCAAGAUAGCUUUAGGUGGGAAGAGAAUUAAAUGGUCACACACUCUGCCCAGGUAGUGAAUGAUUGGUGUAUACCAGAAUCGGGUAUGAGGAUACGUGAGUUGCUUAUGUUAUAUUUGGGGAAUUUGGAUUGUAACUUUGGCUUGCCUGCAGAACAACCUUUUGUCAAUCAUGAUGAGAUGUUUGCAAAUUAUGAGUUUUUAAUACAUCAACUUUGCCCACUGCUGACAAGAGUGAGCUUGAGGGAUGUGGAACAGACUUCAAAAAUUAAUAAAAAAUGGUUUGAUUAGGA